UAGACCAGUCCAUGCUAUAAAUACUGAGGUGGCGGGAGCAGUGAGUGAGACAGUGAGUCAGACUGAGAGAACGAGAAAAUGGCAGGAAAGAGUUGCAACAUUCUGAUCACCGGGGCCAACCGUGGCCUGGGGCUGGAGAUGGUCAAACAGCUGGCGGAGAAGUCGAUUCCUAACCGGAAGAUCUUUGCCUGCUGCCGUGAUCCCAGCGCCCCCAAGGCCAAGAGUCUGCAGGAGCUGGCCAAGAAACACCCUGGAGUCAUCCAUGUUCUUCGCCUUGAUGUUGCUGACCUGUCCAGCAUUCAGGAGUCUGCCAAGAAGGUUGGCUCAAUCGUGGGGAAGGAUGGACUCAACCUGCUGGUGAACAAUGCUGGCAUGGCUCCAUGGGAUAACACAGAAAACUUUAAACUCAAAGACAUGCAGGACACCUUCAAUACCAACGUUGUAGGAACCAUGAUGGUUACUAAGGAGUUCCUGCCAUAUCUGCGUGAAGCAGCAAAGAGCAGUGGGAAACCAGGGAUGUCCUGUUGCAAGGCAGCUGUGAUAAAUAUCUCCACAAUACUGUCCAGCAUAUCGUAUGCCCCAGCAAAUAUUUCCCUCUUCCCAGUUGUGGCAGUUUCAUAUCGUCUAAGCAAGGCAGCUUUAAACAUGCUGACAGUGUGCCAAUCACAGGAAUUCAAGAAAGACGGGAUUCUGUUUACACUCGUGCACCCCGGAUGGGUGCGAACUGACAUGGGGGGCCCAGACGGGGAGAUAGAUGCCCCUGAGAGUGUCAGUGGAAUGCUGCGCGUCAUGGAGUCCUUGACUGAGAAGAAUAAUGGAGCUUUUCUGGACUACAAAGGAGAAACUCUACCCUGGUGAAAAUGAAGGAGUACCAUUCUACAUGCCAGCAUUUCAUGUCACUUAUGCUGUGUUAAGGUCACCAUCUAGCCCACUUAUGAUUGUACACUACAAUGUGUGGUCACAAUGUUACUUCUGUACGUUUGCUUUGCUAUUCUCAUCACAAUAAAGUUGAACGCACAAGA